AUGGCGGCAACGAAACCGGAUUCUGGAACGGGCCUCGAUCCGACCGCCCGCCCGACCGACCGACCGACGACGACCUCCUUCAGUGAUGAGGAGAGACGAAAGGACUGUUGCUGCAUGGGUGGAGGGACGCGACUACAGGUCGAGCUGAUGUUCGACGCCGCGACCAGACGUGCUGAACAAAUAGUUCUGCAAAUCGUCGAUGCUGCUUUCGACGACACAAAUACGUGA